CAACAUAAUCAAUUUAAUAUAAAAGCACUCUUCUUCUUCUUCUUCACUCUCUUUCUCUAUCUCUGCGUGGCAGCAUAUAUCAAAUAUCAGUUGCAGUAUUAAAGAGGCUUAUCCGUCAGAAUGGUUUCCGCGGAGAAAGAUUCCAAUGAAACUCAUCGAACCAUCAUCGGGAAGUCCAUGCGAACGGUGCGCUCCAAAAUAUUCCAACACGACCACGCCACGUGCGUCUCCGACAACUUAACCGGUUCGCUAAUGGAACUCGCAUCGCGAAACAACAAAUCCGUUAAGUCUUCAAUUACGGAGGAGCAACUCCUCGAGCUCUCUCAAGCUCUGAGCGAUUUCUCCGCCUGUAGCAGCGAUAUCUCCGGGGAGCUCCAGAGACUCGCCACCGUCUCCUCCUCCCAACCUCCUGCUGCUGCUGCUGACAUCCACGGCCAACCCCAACCUGAGCCCGAGCCGUGCCUAGGGUUUCUCCAGAGGGAGAGCUUCUCCACUGAGAUCAUCGAGAGUAUCUCGCCGGAGGAUCUUCAGCCGACGGUCAAGAUCUGCGUCGACGGACUUCUCUCGCCGUCGUUGGCCGUGAAGCGAUCGGCGGCGGCCAAGCUGAGGCUGUUGGCGAAGAACCGAGCCGACAACCGCGCUCUCAUCGGCGAGUCCGGUGCGGUGGCUGCUCUGGUUCCGCUGCUCCGGUGCAGCGAUCCGUGGACGCAGGAACACGCGGUGACGGCGUUGCUGAACCUGUCUCUUCUGGAAGAGAACAAGGCGCUUAUAACGAAUGCGGGUGCGGUGAAGUCGCUGAUAUACGUGCUGAAAAGAGGGACGGAGACUUCCAAGCAGAACGCGGCGUGCGCGCUCAUGAGUCUGGCGCUGGUGGAAGAGAACAAGAGGUCGAUCGGGACUUGCGGGGCGAUACCACCGCUGGUGGCGCUGCUGUUGGGUGGGUCCCAGAGAGGGAAGAAGGACGCGCUGACGACGCUGUACAAGCUGUGUUCAGUGAGGCAGAACAAGGAGAGGGCGGUGAGUGCCGGGGCGGUGAGGCCGCUGGUGGAGCUGGUGGCGGAGCAGGGGAGCGGGAUGGCGGAGAAGGCGAUGGUGGUGCUGAACAGCUUGGCGGGGAUUGAGGAGGGGAAGGAGGCCAUUGUGGAAGAAGGUGGGAUUGCUGCGCUUGUGGAAGCGAUUGAGGUUGGGUCGGUGAAGGGGAAGGAGUUCGCUGUUUUGACUCUUUAUCAACUCUGUGCUGAAACCGUUACCAACAGAGCCCUUCUCGUCAGGGAGGGAGGGAUUCCGCCUCUCGUUGCUCUUUCUCAGAGCUCCCCUGUUCGAGCUAAGCUCAAGGCUGAGACACUCCUUGGAUAUUUGAGAGAAUCAAGACAUGAAGCUUCAUGUUCAAGUCCGUAGGUAGGGAAUUAUAUAAUGUAAUUGGUUGUUGUACAUAUAGUGCUUUUUUGGUUCGUAACUUUGUACACUUUGGAUUUUUUGGAUUAGAAGCUAGCCAGCAUAUCAAUACUCUGACCCUUGAUGAUUUAAAGAUAGGUUCGGUGAUUUUCCUUUCCCUAUUUCCCUUGUUCAGUUUGUUAUGUUUCCAGGAGUUGUGUUGUGGUGUUAGUUUCUUGUUGGUUAAUCUCUCAUUUUUCUCUUAAUCUUUUUGUUUUGGAAACUUCCAGUUUUUGCAGAAAAGGCUUGGUCUUGGUGUUAGUUUCUUGUUGAUUAAUCUCUCAUUUUUCUCUUAAUCUUUUUGUUUUGAAAACGUCCAGUUUUUGCAGAAAAGGCUUGGUCUUGGUGUUAGUUUCUGUUGAUCAUUAGUCUCUUUUAUUUUGCUCAUUUUUUUUUUUUGUUUUGAAAACUUCCAGUUUUUGUUGAAAAGGCUUGCUGAGUUUUUUGUGUUUUUGACUGUCUUGUAGUGAAACUAUGAAAGUAGAGGUUGUAAUAAAUGCACUACCACGCUGAAUAUGUUAGGUCAUAAUUUUUUAUUUUGGUGAACUUGGAGUUUUUAAUUUAGUUACUUUGAUACUGUCGAAUGUAUUGCAUUGGCCAUAGGCCAUUAUAUCACCUUCAUCUGUUUCCAUUUUGUUAAUGCAUAAAAUCCCAGAUAUAGGGAAAUGUUAGGUGGUAGUCGAAUUAGGAUGAAGAUAAAGACGUGGUUUGGAGGGUGUUGAUUCAUUUGAAUAUGAUGGUGGUGUAGGCCCGUGAAGCUGCUUCUCUUUGUUGUAAAGCGACUCGCCGCUCUCAAGCUUUCAUUUGCGGUAACAAGUUGCAUCAGUGUGCCCCACAGCCACCAUGCAGGUCAACCCCACCACACAACAGAAUACAUCUCUUUGGUACCAAUUCUCCUCACAUAUCUUCAUUUUUAUUUAUUUUUUCUUCCUUUUUCAAAUCAUCUUGUCCCCUAUAAUAAAUUAAUAAUCACCAAUUAGCUGGCACAGCAGGUAUUUUCCGUGCUUCUGUUUAUUUGGAUAAUAAUUUGAAGUUUCGAAUAAUCAGCUGUCGGUGUUUUCAGCUUUAGUUCACUCGUAACAUUUAACCAUAGGUUUUCUACACAUUAGGUUGAGGAUUGCACCAAAGGUGAAGAGCUGUUGGGUGAGAGACACUGCUUUCUCUCACGCAGAAGUGUGAGUUGCUGAGACAUACAGAAACCUUCAAAAGCUAGUGGUUGAAUUCUCUCUUCCUUCCAUAUACUAAGGCUUUACGAUCAAACAAAUUUCUACUCAACAUUCGAACUGAUUUUUUUUUAAUAUACACGAUCAGAAAGAGGGGUAACUGUAAACGGUUUAGAUUUGGUUUAAAUUUUUAUUGUAUGAUAUUUAGAUUUAAUCAAAUACGACGUGUGAUUAUGUUAUUCCACACAGUAUAUUUUUAGUAAAUUAAAUGUAUUUAAAGUUACACAAGAA